AUGGAGGAUCAGAACAAAGCGAUUGAGGUAUGUAUCAGGGUAACGCGUGCUGCAUUGAGGAAUGGAUGUGGAUAUGUGCUCAGAGUUGCUAUUAUCGCGAAUGGAGGGGAUAAACUUGGCGAACCCGUGGUUGAGGGGGAUCAUGGGUUUAUGACCCAGUGCUGCGAUUCAGAAGGGAAUCACUUUGUGCGAUUGGCCGGUUGUGGGAUCAGUCUCUGGCCAGAAAAGAUCUCCUCCCUCUCAGUGGACGACGGGCAUAAGAUCCAAGUCCCCAACGUGGUCUCGCGUUGGGGUUGUGUGUUGAUGGAGGAGCUUUUCGACCAAAACUUGGGCCAUCGCAUCACCAAAACCGCACUGGAAGCAAGGAACACUCGCAUUCGCCCCAAACAUCUUGCCCAGCGCAACAAGUACAAGCCAUAUAUUCAUUGCCACUAUUCCACAGACGAUAGACGCAUUGCUGGAACAGGAUAG